CUUCUCUAUGACAUUUUGUCUUUUGGCUUUGAUCGGUAGACGCCAUUAAAGUGAAAUAAAUCUUGCGAAAUUGAAUUCACGUGCUAUUACGAUUUAUAUAUAUAGUUUAGCAAUAAAAACAAACAACAAAUCGUAAGCAAUGGCUGACAACGACGAUCUUCUCGACUACGAAGAUGAAGAGCAGGCAGAUCACCAAACCGCCGACGGAGCAACGGAAGCGGCGCCAAAAAAAGAGGUUAAGGGAUCUUACGUAUCGAUUCACAGUUCUGGAUUUAGAGAUUUUCUCUUGAAGCCUGAAAUUUUAAGAGCUAUAGUGGAUUGCGGCUUCGAGCAUCCUUCAGAAGUCCAACAUGAAUGUAUUCCACAAGCCGUUCUCGGAAUGGAUAUUUUAUGCCAAGCGAAGUCCGGUAUGGGUAAAACUGCCGUGUUUGUCCUAGCAACCCUCCAACAACUCGAACCGUCCGAAAAUCAUGUUUACGUUUUGGUCAUGUGCCAUACCAGAGAGCUAGCUUUUCAGAUAAGUAAAGAAUAUGAGCGUUUUUCAAAGUAUAUGGCGGGUGUACGUGUGUCCGUUUUCUUCGGUGGUAUGCCGAUACAGAAGGACGAAGAAGUACUAAAAACCGCAUGCCCUCACAUCGUGGUUGGAACGCCGGGAAGAAUACUGGCACUGGUAAAUAGUAAGAAGUUAAACCUUAAACAUCUGAAGCAUUUUAUUCUCGAUGAGUGUGACAAAAUGUUAGAAUCAUUGGACAUGCGACGUGAUGUACAGGAGAUAUUCAGAAACACCCCUCACGGAAAGCAAGUAAUGAUGUUUUCUGCUACAUUGAGUAAAGAAAUUCGACCUGUUUGCAAGAAGUUUAUGCAAGAUCCUAUGGAAGUGUACGUAGAUGAUGAAGCCAAAUUAACUCUGCAUGGACUUCAACAGCAUUAUGUCAAACUGAAGGAGAAUGAGAAGAACAAAAAACUCUUUGAACUUCUUGAUGUGCUGGAGUUUAAUCAAGUAGUAAUAUUUGUUAAAUCUGUGCAGCGCUGCAUAGCACUCGGUCAGCUACUUACAGAUCAAAACUUCCCAGCGAUCGGUAUCCACCGCAACAUGACUCAAGACGAACGCCUAUCCCGGUACCAGCAGUUCAAGGAUUUCCAGAAGAGGAUUCUAGUUGCAACUAACCUAUUUGGUCGUGGUAUGGAUAUUGAGAGAGUUAACAUUGUCUUCAACUACGACAUGCCAGAGGAUUCAGACACCUAUCUUCACCGAGUAGCCCGUGCGGGAAGAUUUGGUACAAAAGGCUUAGCUAUAACUAUGGUAUCUGAUGAAAAUGAUGCUAAGAUCCUGAAUGAAGUGCAAGACAGAUUUGAUGUCAAUAUAACAGAGCUGCCCGAGGAGAUUGAAUUGUCAACUUACAUUGAAGGACGAUAGACAUAAGAGUUGGGGUUUCAUUCCUUUUGACUAACUUAAAUAAGUCUAGAUGAUUACAAAGUUGUCUUUCAUAUUGUACUUGGUUUAAUAAUUUGAUUUAUAUUGUAAGAAUUACAGUGUGUAUGUAAGUGUAUAGGAUGAUUCUUUAUUGAGUGAUCCUGAUAUUAGGAUACAAGUAAACUUAAAUAAACA